GGGGAGCGGCCAUGGCGGCAGAGGGGGGCGCUCCGCCGCCGGGCGGGGGGGAGGAGGAGGAGGAGGAUGACCUCGGGUACCGGCUGUUCCCGGACCGCAAGAAGAAGCCGCAGAGCUUCCUGGUGCGCAGCCUCUUCACCUUCCACAACCGCUGCCAGCUGAUGCUGCGGAUGAGCCUGGAGACGAAUCCAUAUGCUCAACUGCUUCUUGCGGCUAUGAAGCAAUCUGGUUGCACUGUCUUCAAUGACCGGCACUUUUCUUGCGAAAACUGCGAUGGCUGUGUCAGUGGAGGUUUUGAUUCUGCCACAUCUCAGAUUGUUCUGUGUCAGAACAAUAUUCGCCAGCAAUCCCAUAUGAACCGGGUGGUUGCGCAUGAAUUGAUACACGCUUUUGAUCACUGCCGUGCACAUGUUGACUGGUUUAAAAACGUCAAACACUUAGCCUGUUCAGAGAUUCGAGCUGCUAAUCUCAGUGGAGACUGUACGCUGAUGAAUGAAAUAGCCAGGUUUAAAUUUGGAUUGAAAGCACACCAUCAGACUUGUGUACGAGACAGAGCAAUUCGUUCCAUUCUGGCUGUUCGAAAAGUUAGCAGAGAGACUGCGGAAAAAGCUGUGGAUGAAGUGUUUGAUGCCUGCUUCAAUGAUCUGGAACCAUUUGGAAGAAUCCCGCACAAUAAAGCAGAUGCAAAACGUGCUUAUAAAGACUUUCUGAACAGAGAUCGCUACAACGCUAAUUUGUAGAGGAAAAAAAUGUGAAAAACUAUCUUAAUAGCUGGUUGUUCUAUAGUAUCUGGAAUUACAAUCUACCCCCACAAUGCUGGUGGAAAGGGGCAAUUCUUUCAAAUGCAUCAGUUCAUUUUGUAAACUUUUUCAAGGAGUCAAUUUCCAUCGAGGUAAAUGAAGUAAAUGAACUUGACUAAAAACUGUGUUUCUUCACCUGUUAUUCCAACAAGCUCGUUUAGUACACCAAAUGACUUAGCAGAUAAUGAUCUGCACAUUUCAAUGCACAUUUAAUUCUGUUAGGUCUGACUAGGAAUUGGUUUCUAAAAAUUUUGUUGUUAUUGAACAAAUCUUUUCAUAAAAUCUUUAAAUUUCCACCA